UUGUAAGAAUAAAGAUGGCGUCCGUUACAAAACCCAUUAAAAGGAAGGCCUCUCCUGACGAAAGACAAGAGGAUGAUGGAGUUCAGUUUAUUCCAAAGAGAAUGGAGCUCCAGCCUUUAAAAAAUGAAUCUAUUUAUUACUUUAGAAAUGGUCUGAGGCACGUGAUCCCUUACUAUUUCAAGUUUUCUACUCAUGCUAAAGGUCGAUGGGUUGGUCGGAAGGUCUAUGAUGUUUUUAGUGAAGAAUUUCAAAGCGAAAAACCAGAAUAUUACGAAAGAGCUAUUAAUCUCGGCAAAGUGACUGUAAAUGGUAAAGUUGCUACCAUGGAAACUGUCAUCAAGGAUAAUGAUGUUGUAACUCAUUUGGUUCAUAGACACGAGCCUCCAGUCUCCUCUCAAUCAAUUAAUAUAAUAACCAACAAUAAGGAGCUACUGGUGGUCAAUAAACCACCUUCUAUACCAGUACAUCCUUGUGGUAGAUACAGGCAGAACACAAUGAUUAAUAUAUUGAAAAAUGAAUAUGACAUUGAUAAUAUAUACACUAUUCAUAGGUUAGAUAAGUGUACCUCUGGUUUGUUGUUGUUUGGUAAAAGAAUAUCAAAAGUGCAGGAGAUUGAGGAGCAGAUAAGAGACAGACAAGUACAUAAAGAAUAUUUAGCAUUAGUUAAUGGACACUUCAAUCAUCCAGGUACUAUUGAGUGCAAUGAGUCUAUUAAAGUAUUAUCACAUAAAGUUGGUGUAUGUAUGGUUGAUCCAGUGAAUGGGAAGGAUUGUUCCACAUCAUUUACACUGUUACACUAUGAUAAAACUAAUAACAGGAGCCUUGUGAAAUGUGAACCAAAAACAGGUAGAAUGCAUCAAAUAAGGGUUCACUUACAAUAUUUAGGUUUUCCUAUUAUUAAUGAUCCUUUAUAUUCUCAUUCCUGUUGGACUAAACACAAUCAAACUGAAAACAUAUUAUCAGAUAUUAUUGCCUCACGGUUUCCACAGCAACCAAUUAUUAACGAAACCACUGACACAAUAAAAACUGAAGAAAUAGAGAAAAAGGAAGAGAGUGAAGCUAAAGGAACAAACAAUUCCGGUCUUGUUUUGAAGGAGAAAAAAUAUGAAGAAGAUAAGGAAAUUAUUUUUAACGUUGAUCCACACUGUACAGAGUGUCAUGCUCCAUCUCGUCCAGACCCCACCCACAAUGAAUUAAUAAUGUAUUUACAUGCACUGUCAUACACUGGACCAAACUGGGGGUACAGGACGGACCCCCCAGAAUGGGCCCGGGAAUAUUUGAAAGAUUUAUAGACAACUUUAAUUAAUAAUUUUUAUAAUA